GAUGCAGAAUAGAAAACUGCGACUCCUGCUUUAGCAGAGACUUUUGUACCAAAUGCAAAACUGGCUUCUACUCACACAGAGGCCGCUGCUUCCGAGGAUGCCCCCCUGGAUUUGCAGCCUUGGAAGAGCUUAUGGAAUGUGUGGAAGGCUGUGAAGUGGGUCAGUGGAGUGAGUGGGGAAUUUGCAGCAGAAAUAACAAAACAUGUGGAUUUAAGUGGGGCCUGGAAACGAGAACAAGGCAAAUUGUGAAGAAGCCAGCGAAAGACACGAUACCAUGCCCAACCAUUGCAGAAUCCAGACGGUGUAAAAUGGCCAUGAGGCAUUGUCCAGGAGGUAAGCACAGUCCAUGCCACAAAAAUCUUUAUGAGCUUUCCUUAACUGAAAUCCUAUUUCUAACUUGA